CUCAUUUGCAAAUGUUUCGUGUUUAUAUCUUACAUGUUAUUAUUUCAUAUCAAUCGGAUAUCUUACUUCGGUUGGAGGAUCUUUCUCGUCCAUAUUAAAAAUUUAGUCACAAAGAAAGAAAAAGGGCUAAGAAAGACACCAGUUGAUCGUGUGAAUACAUUGUUUGUGAAAGUGAGGUUGAAUAUUGUCGUUGCUGAUGUCAAUGCUACAUAUUUAUAUUUUAGAAGCUGUAUAGUGUACAUGUCAUAAAUAUUUGGAUUGAAAUAUAUUUGUGCCUCGUACUUUGAUUGAUCAACAAUAUAACGAUACGAAAGACAAGGGAAGAUUAUUUCAAUGCAAGGCACUAUAUCAUAAAUAAAGCACUAUUGCCGAAUGCCAUUAUCGGUCAGUUUGACUUUUGUGGUGCUAAAGGUAUAGCCGUGAUUUGUCGUAUACACACGACUCGUCUCUUGGGGCCGCCCGGGUUGUUCAAAAGCCCUAGGUUAAAAAAUCUUCAAAUCUUGUCUACAAAGUUGAAUCUCUUUCCAUAAAUAUUUUCUGAACAGACAAAAGCAAUAUUUUGUAAAUGUUUUAAAACGAACUGCAUUACUGCAGUUCAGAAGCACUUGAUUAAAAUCUAACCCCUGGUUAGAGUUAUAUAUAACCCAGCUUUGAACAACUGGCCUCUGACUUAUAUGAAAAUUACUUUUGACGCAACGCUAAUCUUAAAUCAAAAUGUUUACUAGUUUCAAUAACAAUUUUUUACUAAUUAUCGCAACGUGUUUAUGUCUGCGACUGCAUGUUAUUAUUUUGGAUAUAUAUUUCUCGGUUGGAGGAACUUUCUUGUAAAUAUUUUCAUUAAGAAUUGAGUUCAAAGUAAAAGAGUUGAGAUACCAGUUGCCCAUGUGAAUACAAUCAAUACAUUGACAUUGUUUAAUUGUGAAAGUGAAGUUGUAUAUGUUGUCGUUGUCGUUGUCACACAUGGUUGGCACACAUGGCGAUUUGUCGUACACGACUCGUAUUUUCAGUGGAAUAUACUGAAGAUUUGUCAGCACAGACUGUAUAUACCAGACAGGAAUGAGCGAAGAAGAGAUGGAAGAAUAUCACAAUGAUCGAACGAAGUUACUUUGUGACGACUCUAGUGAACCAACACGAAAGCUUCAUGGCGAAAUUGACAGAUUUAUUUAUCCCCAGUCUGACAGUGAAACGAAUCAUAAUGAUUUUGAGCUAUGUGAGAGAAGACAACCUCGAAAUCUACAUGACAGUGACAUGGACAUAAAUGAACAACUCAGUUCAAACGAUAGGAGCGAAUCAAAAUUUCGUUUAUUUCAAGCAAUUCCGCGACGUUUUAUAAUUCUUGUUCUUAUAACGUUGGCUAAUUUUAACAUGUACUGCAUACGGAUGUGUCUAAAUGUCACCAUUGUGGCAAUGACUCGUGGUGAAGGGAAACAGUAUAAUAGUACAGGACCUCAUUUAUCUAGAGACAUGGAACCAGAGUUUCAUUGGGACAAGCAAUUUCAAGGCACAAUAUUGGCUUCGUUAUAUUGGAGUUACACUGCCAUGCAAAUACCAGCUGGAUUGCUAUGUGUCCAGUAUGGUGGUACGUUUCUAUUGGGUUUUGCGAUAUUUGGUUCAUCACUUUUUACUUUGGCUACGCCAUUCAUCGUACGACAAAACGUGUAUGCGUUCAUAUUUGUGCGCAUCAUGGAAGGGGCGUUCUUGGGUUUAGUAGCUACUUCAGGAAUAUCGUUAUUCAGUAAAUGGUCGCCAAUAUACGAAAGAAGUAUUUUUAUGAUGGUCGGAUGUUCAGGUUAUCUAUGGGGGACUGUUUUUGCAAAUUCAAUGAGCGGUGUUCUCGCUGGCAGUUAUUGGGGAUGGCCGUCUGUAUUUUAUUUCUUUGGUGUUCAAGGGAUUCUUUGGUAUUUUUGUUGGAUAUAUUUUGUUUAUGAAGAUCCAAAGGACCAUCCAAAUAUUACCAAGGCGGAACUUAAUCUUAUAGGAAAACACUGGAAUAAAAAGCUAUCAUUUCGUGACAUCCCGUGGAGAUAUAUACUGACCUCUGUGCGGGUCUGGGCGAUCAUUAUUCCGAACUUUACAGACUGUUGGAGUUUUUAUACAUUCAUGAUUUCAUUCCCCGGUUAUCUAAAGGAUGUACUGAACUUAGAUAUCACGACCAUUGGUUUUACCAGCUCAUUGCCGUAUGUCUUGUCAGCUGUCUUAACUCCUUGCUGGGGAUAUUUUAUCGAUGUUUUACGGAGCAAAAAAUAUAUUUCUACAACAAAUUCGAGGAAGCUUUCUCAUAUUGUAGGUGCUGGGCUUAGUGCCAUAUUCAUAGCCGCAAUGGCGUACGCUUCAACAGCCACUUCUGCUAUUGUCAUUGCAACCAUAGCAAUAACUUUGACAAAUUUCACCACAUCUGGACCUCCAACAAGUUUAGUCGAAUUGGCGCCAAAAUAUUCCGGAGUUCUGAUGGGUUUCGCGAACUUCGCUUGCAAUAUUACCGGAUUUAUCACGCCUGAAGUUGUCGGAGCACUCACUGUUCACGGGGACAUUCGUCAUCAGUGGGGAAGAGUAUUCUAUGUCUGUGCUGGUAUUAAUAUCAUUGGCAUGCUGUUUUACCUCACUUUUGGAUCUUCAGAGAAACAAGCCUGGGCAGAACAUUAAUAGCUAUGUUUAACUGUGUUAUCAUGCAGCCAUUUCGUGUCUGUUGGAAUAAAUUUUACGAGAAUAAAUU